UAGUGUAGUGACAAGGUGUAGAAACAGCUCAGUGCUUGGCAGGAGUAAAACAGUAUGCCAGAGGAAUUUGCUUCCCAGCAUGAAGAAAUUCUCUGUGACUAUUUUGAUCUUGCACAAGACUUGUGAAGUACUGAAGUCAUGUCAGGUUCUGAAGUAUUAAAAUUUGCUCCUGACUUUUGAUAUUUUUGAUUUUUGACACAGCAUUGCUCCAUGCAAAAGAUAGUUUAACAAUUCCAUGUUUCGGUGGAUACACUCUUAAAGUACCAUUUUCUCACUCUCUUCCUUCUUUCUGGAAUCUGGAACGGGUAAAUUUAUUGCAGAUUUCAAACCUGUCAACACCCAAAUGUGUGACACCAGCUCUCAGUACAUCUGAAAGAGCUAAGCUGAGGGACAUGCUAAUAUGUAGCAGGGGAAGAAGACGGAAGUUCUGCAGAAUACAUUUUGUGCAGUACAGAAAACUUUUCUGUGAAAAACUCCAUUUUGAAUUUGAUCAACGCUGUUAUCAGCCUGCAGUUAUUAGCGAGUUAGAAAACAGCAGGACAGGAGUUUGGACUUCAUGACUCUCCUUUGUACUCGAACGUAAGAGGAAUCUGUGCUUAUACUGUGGAGAGUUAUAUGAGCUGCUUAAAUGCCAGACCUGAAAGUUAUUAAAAAUAUGCAUAACUGCCAACUGCAAGAUAAGGAAGUUCAUGUUUUGGAAACUCCCACUGUCAUUAGAGAGCAACCUCACCCAGCAGCCUGGCUGCAUCCGGAUAAUGCAGCUGAACCAGGAAGUGCCACUGUGCAUACGCUCGUGCUUUGCCUUUGCAGCUGGCCAGUUACGCACACACUUGCCUGGAGUCAUGACACGGCUCUACUCUGCUGCUCCAGCCCCGCUGCUGUGCACCCUCGCUGUGCUCUUCAGAACAUCUCUGUCGGUGCGCCAUGUACCGAUGCUGCUUUGGUCAUCUCAGAGAUUACAGUGGAAUGCUGCCUUACAUGAAGGACACAUCAUCUCAGCACAGGAACUGACUGUACUCUUGCAACCAUUUACCCGGAAUUCCAGAAACCUCAUCUUGUUCCUGCAAGAUAUGCUUAGCAUAGAUGAUUUCACAUACCUCAGUGAAUCCUACGCUAACAAGAAUCCGUUUCAAAAUGUUCAGGAAAUUCUUCAGUCUUCUCCUUCAUCUUUAGUUUUGCCAGCUGUUGACUGUGAGGCUACCAGGAACCUCCUGAGCUUUCUUCAGGAGUCAGAAGACUGGAACUUAACAAACAUAACUAAUCUCAAUGUCUCUCGGCUAGAAGUGAAUACACCUAAACCAAACUUGCUGGUGAUUCAGCUACAACCACUUGUCAGUGGAUUAAAUGAGAUUUCCACCCUGGAAGCAAUUGCUGAAAAUGACAAAAUAAUUGGAAGACUGACCAUGGAUUUGCAGGAACGAGGGAUUAAUUUUUCAGUAAUUUAUACUGCAGUGAGACCUUCAAGGAUUUCUAGAAGAACUGCAGUAGUGGGGGAAUUAAGACGACAAUUAAUGGCCACUGAGGAAGAAGACAGUUUAUCAUAUUCUCCCCUGAAUGUGACCACUGGAAAUGAUAUAUGCAUCCUUUUUUACGCUAGUAAUUUCAGCCUCAAAACCAGCAGCUCAGAUUUUAUAGAUUUGACAAAUGCAACAUUUGUAGCACGUACUGUGGAUACUUCUUCCUCUGAGUGCUCAGACAGCAAUACAACACUGUCAUUAAAAUAUACAAGGCCAGUGAAUAGAAUCAGCAGCCUAGAGAUAAGGUUUUUAAUGACCAACAAGUUCUAUGAAGGCUCAGCUAGAAACUGGUCCACUUUAGAUUCAGUUGAGAUUGUAAAAGAUGGAGAAGAGUUCGCUAAAUUUAAUGUUUCUGUCAUCUCUGCUCCUGCAGAGUAUUCAUCUCAUUGUCAGCUGGUGGGAACAAGCAAUCUUUAUCCUGCAAGGCUUAUUCCAUCCAACAAUGAGGCAAAAAACUGGGAUGUUUUCAUUUCCAGGUUGCAAAUUCAAGGCUUCAACAUUGAAAACAACCAGUUUUCCUACGCAAGUGACUGUACAGGUUUCUUCACUCCUGGGAUCUGGAUGGGCUUGGUGACAUCUAUAGUUUUAUUGUGGAUCCUGGCAUAUGGAAUCCAUAUGAUCAUGCAGCUCACAACAAACAGCAGAUUUGAUGAUCCCAAAGGUCCAUCUCUGUCAGUUCCUCAGACAGAAUAGCCAUGCUUAAUGCUGCUAUGUUUUUUUUUGAUCUGAUAUUUAUGAUUUUUCUAACCUUUCUACUUCCUAAUAUGUGUAACCUAAAAAGAUAGCAUAGCAUAAAGAGAUAAUUACAUUGCAUAUAAAAAGGAUCCUUAUGCUUGGCAAUGAUAAUAAUUCUACCUGUUAUUACCAUAAUUUAUUAGCUAUCUGUGUUAAGGAUCUGAGGUGAGGCUGCAGGGGUCAUUAGUCUAUCUGGCUAUUAGACUGUUACAAACUGCCUUCAGAUUAACUAUUAUUGACAAAGAAAGAAUAUCACAACAGAGAUAAAUGGUAAGGAUAAAUCACUUAUGUGAUAGGAAAUUAUAUAUUGAAAAUACUGGUCUCUCUAAAGCCUCUUUAGUAAGGAUGUCAUGUUGAUGCUAUAUCUUAAGAAGGCUGAACUAUGUCUUGUCAUUUUUUUCUCUUGAGAAAACAAUUCAGGAAUGUACAGAACUAAUAAAGUAUAAGCCACUACAUAAA